ACUCCAGAAGGACCAACACCAGAUAAAUUAUGAAUGUUGAACAAGAUGACCUUACAUCCACAGCAGAUAAUGAUAGGUCCUAGGUUUAACAGGGCCCUAUUUGACCCCCUGCUUGUGGUGCUGCUGGCUCUUCAACUUCUUGUGGUGGCUGGUCUGGUGCGGGCUCAAACCUGCCCUUCUGUGUGCUCCUGCAGCAACCAGUUCAGCAAGGUGAUUUGCGUUCGGAAGAACCUGCGUGAGGUCCCGGAUGGCAUCUCCACCAACACACGGCUGCUGAACCUCCAUGAGAACCAAAUCCAGAUCAUCAAAGUGAACAGCUUCAAGCACUUGAGGCACCUGGAAAUCCUACAGUUGAGUAGGAACCACAUUAGAACCAUUGAAAUUGGGGCCUUCAAUGGUCUGGCAAACCUCAACACUCUGGAACUCUUUGACAAUCGUCUUACUACCAUCCCGAAUGGAGCUUUUGUAUAUUUGUCUAAACUGAAGGAGCUCUGGUUGCGAAACAACCCCAUUGAAAGCAUCCCUUCUUACGCUUUUAACAGAAUUCCUUCUUUGCGCCGACUAGACUUAGGGGAAUUGAAAAGACUUUCAUACAUCUCAGAAGGUGCCUUUGAAGGUCUGUCCAACUUGAGGUAUUUGAACCUUGCCAUGUGCAACCUUCGGGAAAUCCCUAACCUCACACCGCUCAUAAAGCUAGAUGAGCUAGAUCUUUCUGGGAAUCAUUUAUCUGCCAUUAGGCCUGGUUCUUUCCAGGGGUUAAUGCACCUUCAAAAACUGUGGAUGAUACAGUCCCAGAUUCAAGUGAUUGAACGGAACGCCUUUGAUAACCUUCAGUCACUAGUGGAGAUCAACCUGGCACACAACAAUCUAACAUUGCUGCCUCAUGACCUCUUCACACCUUUGCAUCAUCUAGAGCGGAUACAUUUACAUCACAACCCUUGGAACUGUAACUGUGACAUACUGUGGCUCAGCUGGUGGAUAAAAGACAUGGCUCCCUCCAACACAGCUUGUUGUGCCCGGUGUAACACUCCUCCCAAUCUAAAAGGGAGAUACAUUGGGGAGCUUGACCAGAAUUACUUCACAUGCUAUGCCCCAGUGAUCGUGGAGCCCCCUGCAGACCUCAAUGUCACUGAAGGCAUGGCGGCUGAGCUGAAAUGUCGGGCCUCCACAUCGCUGACAUCUGUGUCUUGGAUUACUCCAAAUGGCACAGUUAUGACACAUGGGGCUUACAAAGUGCGGAUAGCUGUGCUCAGUGACGGUACGUUAAAUUUCACGAAUGUAACUGUGCAAGAUACAGGCAUGUACACAUGUAUGGUGAGUAAUUCCGUUGGAAAUACUACCGCUUCAGCCACCCUGAAUGUUACCGCAGCAACCACUACUCCCUUCUCUUACUUUUCAACUGUCACAGUAGAGACUAUGGAACCUUCUCAGGAUGAGGCACGGACCACAGAUAACAACGUGGGCCCCACUCCAGUGAUUGACUGGGAGACCACCAAUGUGACCACCUCUCUCACGCCACAGAGCACAAGGUCGACAGAAAAAACAUUCACCAUCCCAGUGACUGAUAUAAACAGUGGGAUCCCAGGAAUUGAUGAGGUCAUGAAGACUACCAAAAUCAUCAUUGGGUGUUUUGUGGCCAUCACGCUCAUGGCUGCAGUGAUGCUGGUGAUUUUCUACAAGAUGAGGAAGCAGCACCAUCGGCAAAACCAUCACGCCCCAACAAGGACUGUUGAAAUCAUUAAUGUGGAUGAUGAGAUUACAGGGGAUACACCCAUGGAAAGCCACCUGCCCAUGCCUGCUAUCGAGCAUGAGCACCUGAAUCACUAUAACUCUUACAAAUCUCCCUUCAACCACACAACAACAGUUAACACAAUAAAUUCAAUACACAGUUCAGUGCAUGAACCGUUAUUGAUCCGAAUGAACUCUAAAGACAAUGUACAAGAGACUCAAAUCUAAAACAUUUACAGAGUUACAGAAAAACAAUCAAAAAAAAAAAAGACAGUUUAUUAAAAAUGACACAAAUGACUGGGCUAAAUCUACUGUUUCAAAAAAGUGUCUUUACAAAAAAAACAAAAAAGAAAAGAAAUUUAUUUAUUAAAAAUUCUAUUGUGAUCUAACGCAG